AUGAAAUCAUCAAAUCUCCUCGCCGCGUUGCUCAUCUCGGUGGCAGCAGCAUCACCAAUGGUUCCACGCCGAGCCGUGAUGCUCACUCCGCCUGUCGAAAUUGAUCGUCGUGAUGGGACUACCGAGUUCGAUCCUGACCUAGCGUUCAGAAAGGAAAAGCGCGAUGGGACAACGGAGUUUGACCCAGACCUUGCCUUCAAGAAGAAUCGCCGUGAUGGGACUACCGAAUUUGACCCGGACCUUGCCUUCAAGAGAAGCAAAAAGCGUGAUGGUACUACAGAGUUUGAUCCAGACUUGGCAUUUUAG